GUAGACUGUCGCCUACGUACACAGCGCACACAGUGCUGUGUUUGUGUACGUUUAGCAUUAAUUUUACAUUUUUCCGACGAUUUUCUUCUAAUUAGUAAUAAUAUUCUUGACAAUCACAUAUUGUGGGAAUGAUUAUACACAGUUUGUCUCAUAUGAAGUUAACAAAUAUGGAACUACACUUGACAUCAACUAGGUUGGACACACACAACCCAAUCUCCAUGAUUUGGGACUGGCUUUCAAAGACAUGGGAAUCACCACUGAUGAUCUUAGUGAAUACGUUGAAUAUGUUGCUACAAUACCUUCCCAGAGGGAAGUGCCCAAGUAUCCAGUGGAGAGAGAAUCUCAUCUUAAUCUGCUCAAACCGGGGAGUCAAGAAGUUGUUACACGUCCAGUGCACAUUCACGAACAUCUUCCGGCAAUGCAUCCUGAACUAGAGGAUGAAGACUAUGGAGUGAAAGCGGCCGCUUUAACAGUAGAUACUACAAUUGCAGAAUCAGAUUCACCUCCUCUCUCGAGUCCUAAAGCGAAUCCUUUCAAGAAACCAGGCGAUCCAGUUUCUCUAGAGUCUCCUCAGUUGAAGCGAGUCAGAUCAACUCUAGAAGAGGAAGGUCGACCUCUGCGUGAAAUCAGUAGUGUAAUGAUGACUACUUCAGGCUUUUUAUCACCUGCUCGCGAAGGAAAACUGCCUGAAGCCCGUACUCCCACCCCAUCAGUAGACUUUUUAGCGGCUCAAUCCUCAACCAGCUCCCCUCAAACCUCCUUUGGUCCCUCCUCCUAUCCCACAGUUCCACCUGAAGUAAAAGGCGAGAAAAAGAUAAAGAAAAAACCGUUCAUCGAACCUGUUAGGAAGGUAGAUGAACCUAAAGAAAAGGAUCACUUGCCAGAUUCGAUUAAUGAUGAUGACGAUUCUAAGGUUAAAAAGUUGGUCGGUAUGAAAGAGCUAUCGAAACUUAAAGCUUUGAAAUCUUUGAAAAUUAUGUCACAACAUUCCAAUCCCAACAUCACUAGCAAUACUCUUAAACAUCUGCCGAAAAUUCCCAAAUUCAGACAAAAUAACCCAACAUCUGGUGCGAAUCCUGUGCUUAGUAUGACUUCAAAAAUAAAGAAGUUUUCUAAUACCGGUAGCGGUUUUGUAAAAAUGCAUCAUGAUGGACCAUCGUCUGUUAUAUCUCAACAGAAAUUCAAUCCAUUUGAGAAGAUCAAAUCUAAUACUAGUAUUAGUAGUAGUAGUUCAACAUCUAUGAAUAUAGAUGGAAAACUAACUACGGAACCAGAUAGGCAAAAAUUGAAUAUAUUUAAGAAAAUAUCGAAAGUAAAGGAAGACAAAUUUGUAGAUCAUAGUGAGAAAUUCGAGUCUAAAGAUUCACGUGAGUCAAUAUCGAUGGCGGGAAGAAUGUCUUCCAUUUCGGAGGUGAUAGAGUCGGUUGUGCAGCGCAGCAUGAAAGAGUCAUUAGAGCCUUCACCUUUCACACCUGUAGCCUCGCAUUCGGACAAUGUCUACUCGGAUAAUGACACAUUUAUGUACGAUUCGCCACCUGGCACACCGCGCACUCCCGAAGUAAUCAUGCCUUCUCUUAAGAAGAGCGAAACGAAAAAACGCAAACGGGAUAAAGGCAAGGAUAGAAAGGAGAAAUUCAUGAAUUUCCCUCCAAGCCCUAAGAUGAAAUGUGAACCGCUGGAGACUGAAAUAAUCGAGAAACCGAAGACACCCGAGAUAGAAACUGUACACGAUAAUAUACCGAUUUUACCAACGCCUUCGCCGGUGUUUCCGUAUUUCCCCAGUUUCCCCCCAGCUCCUGGUCUUAUUCCACCUCCUAUUUCCGGCCUCUUUCCUCCCAGAUUCAAUCUAGACAAACAUGGGGCCCUCAUCCCUCAACAUAUCACACCCCCUCAUCUUCCACCCCGUCCUGAGCCAAAACCUUUCCCUCCUCCAUUAAAAAAACACUAUGUUCCUCCUCCUCCUCCUAAACCUCUUACUCCUCCUUCUCCUCCUCCUGCUCCUCCUAGGCCUCUUACCCCUCCUCCUCCUCCAUUGCCUACUACUCCCACUCUCCUCCCUCCUGUAUUAGCAGCCCCUGCACCAAUACCGCACGCGAAAACUGAAAUUGUAGAAAAGCCUGUUGUAGUCAAAGAAAAGGAGAAGGUUAAAGAAGAAAAGGAGAAAGUCAGAGAAGAAAAGGAGAAAGUUAAAGAAGAAAAGAAGAAGGAUAAGGAACAUAGGAAAGAUAAGAAAGACAAAAUAAAGAAGAAGAAAGACAAGAAAGAUAAAAUUAAGAAUAAAGACAAGAGUCUUAAGAAAAAAGAAAAAUUAAGGAAAGAGAAAGCACGUGAGAAAAAGGAGAGAAGAAGAGAAGAAAAACGACGUGAGAAGGAGAGGGAACAAUCAGCGCAAUCUACAGCAUCUGAAAAACCAGCAGUUGAUGUGACACCAUCGGUCUCAAAUGCCAAUGUGCCAAAGAUCACAUUGAAGCUGGGACCUCAGUCCCCACAGCCGUUUCCAUCUGAAACGCCACAUCGCAAAAUGCGAAGUGUCAUCAAGCCAGUUAAGAAACCAGAAGAAAUGGAAAAGGAAGAGAAGAAGGAGGUGGAACGUCCCAGAGAGCCUUCACCUGAGCUUGCACGAAUAUCAGCUCUGGUUACCACAAGGCCCACAAAACCCACAAAACAGAAGGCACCUCCCAGCUCCUCUCCCAGUGCAUCCAAAGCGAGCAAAGCCAACAUUCAUCAUCCUCCGGCUCCUUCAACUGCCGCUGAAUCAACUAAGCCCAAGGAACCUAAGAAACCUGCCCAAGAUCCAGUUCAAGAGCCACUGCCUUAUUACUAUGAUGAUGAAGGCACUCAAGUGUGGAUAUGCCCAGCAUGCGGAGGUCAGGAUGACGGUAGUCCAAUGAUCGGAUGUGAUGGGUGUGACGCUUGGUAUCAUUGGGUUUGUGUUGGAAUCCAAGUACCACCAGAAUCAAACGAUUGGUUUUGCAGAGUAUGCAUUUGUAAAAAAGAUGUCACCAGCGAAAAGAAAAAGAAAAUACGUAAAAAGAAAAUGUGAAACGUACCGCAACACACUGAAGGUUGAAAAUACCUAGUGUUAUCGGAAAUUUAGCCAAUUAUUUAAAUUUAGAAUAUCUAUGCUAUAGAAUUAAUAAUUCGAUUUAGGGAUAAGAAUUAUCAAACAAAAGGACUUUUGAAUGUCAAUCUGAGCUUACUGACUAUUGGUUGGCUCAAAUGACUGUUUGCUAGCUACAGAAUAGCUAGUAUCAAACUUGUAUUUUGGGCUCAUAACCAAGUUGAGUACUGUAGCUGUUUUUAUAUUUUCUAUGUAUUCGUACAUAAUUUCAUAGCAUAUUUGAAUAUCAAUCAAACUUUGUUGCAAUGUCAUAUAGUCAAGAGAUGAAAUGUUAUUAGUUCAAAUAAUUGCUAAAAGCUCUCUCCAUUCAAGAAUUUCCCGGCAUGGAAAUAAAAUAUUGUUUAGCUAGAAAAUUGAAAAGCAGUUAUUAUCCAGAUAUUGAUUAGAUUAAAAGUAUAGAUUAAUAUAUAAUCCUGGUUUUCCAAAAGAAAUUCUAAAUUAUUUUGAUCUUUCUAUGUGUGGAUAACUCUUUAUCUCAUUUAGGUAAGAUUUGUUGUUAUUAUUAUUAUAUUUUAUAUUAUAGUCAUAAUUAUUUCAGUUGUUAUUAUUUUCUAUUUCUCUUUAUUAACAGAAUUUAUUAAACUUAAAGUUUCCUUUUUAUUUACAAUAGUUGAAAAUCUGUCACAUCACAUAUUGAUUGUCUAAAUUACCACGUAAUAUUAUUUUAUUGAGAUUUUUUACAAAUUAUUUACUUUGUUGGAUAGUUAUAAGUGAGUUUUAUUUUGCCUUGAAGAGGUACAACAAAUAGUUAAGCCUUGAUGAUAAUCUGUAACAUUUUAAAUGAUAUAAAAUGCAUGUAUUAUAUAUUAUUGAUUAAGUCCAGAGCUACUUUUUAAGUGAUGACAUAAAAAGAAUAUAACACCCUUUUCAUACAUUAAAACACCUUUUACUUCUUAAAAAGAUCCAUAACAUGACUGAGAACUAUUAAAAAAUUGAAAUUCGCCAUAUAUUUCGGUUUUUAAUGAAUAAUUUGUAAUUCUACUGAAUAUUUUAAUGUUUACACCGGACGAUGGGAGUAUUACUCGAAAUACCUAGUUCAUUUAAUUUUUAAAAACUAUUUUAAGAAGUUUUUGUGUUUUUUUUAAGAUGUGAAAUCUGUUUUACAAUGUAUAAAAAUGGUCGUAUAUUCUAUUUAUUCAUUAAAAACAAUUUAGG